GUUCCUGAGCGGUGAAAUUACGUAAUGCGCAAAUAUCAGAAGAUUUGAGAACUCUACCUUGACUCCAAUACGCGGUAGUGCGUGAUCUGGUGUUACUCGCGUGCAUUAACCUGGAAGCCUGAGGGAAACAAUGGUGAUAUGCAGUGUCCGGCGACGUAAUUGGGUCUACGGACAUUGUUCGUCUAUUACAUUUACCUGGUGAAGACAAUACUAGUGUUGAUUAGUAGUAUUCACAAGACAUUGCGACCCAGGGCUCGCUGCCGCUGUAGCCCACCGCGCGUACAGUGGUUGGCUUGGUGUGUGUAGACAUGAGCGAACAGAAGCGCGUGUGAGACCAGACUCCGUUCACUCUGCAAGUAUGGAUACCACUAUCGGGGUGUCGUUUUUGGACCCUUUGAAUGAUUACGAGUUAAUUCAUCGUAUCGGGAGUGGCACGUACGGGGAUGUCUACAAGGCUCGCAACAUCAAGAGUUCAGCAAUGGCAGCCAUAAAAAUGGUAAAACUAGAUCCUGGUGAUGACAUCACAUCCAUCCAGCAGGAGAUCACUAUGAUGAAGGAGUGUAAACACAAGAACAUCGUGGCCUAUUUUGGCAGCUAUCACAGGAACACCAAGUUGUGGAUAUGUAUGGAGUACUGUGGAGGAGGUUCGUUGCAGGACAUUUACCAUGUGACUGGACCGUUAAAAGAGAAGCAGAUAGCCUACGUCUGCAGAGAAACUCUACAGGGCUUGUACCAUCUGCAUGAGACAAGUAAAAUGCAUCGGGAUAUAAAGGGAGCGAAUAUCCUCAUCACAGAUCGAGGAGACGUCAAACUGGCUGAUUUUGGAGUAGCCGCAGAGAUCAGUGCCUCGGUGGCCAAGAGGAAGUCUUUUAUAGGAACGCCCUACUGGAUGGCACCGGAGGUGGCGGCGGUGGAGAAGAAGGGCGGCUACAACCAUCUGUGUGACAUCUGGGCGGUGGGCAUCACGGCCAUCGAGCUGGCGGAGCUCCAGCCACCCAUGUUUGACCUCCACCCGAUGAGAGCCUUAAUGUUGAUGUCGAAAAGCAGCUUCCAGCCUCCCAAACUCAAGGACAAGACCAAGUGGUCUGCAGUAUUUCAUAGCUUUGUGAAGAUGUCCCUCAUUAAGAACCCCAGGAAGAGGCCAUCAGCCGAGACCUUACUGCAGCACCCAUUUGUCACCCAGCUGCUGACCCGGAAUCUGAUCAUUGAGCUGCUGGACAUGGCCAACAACCCAGAGCUCCACCACACACACAACAUGGACGACAACGACCUGGAGAAUGGAGACGCCGCCCCUGAUAAGAUCCAGUCUGCAGGAAAACACCUGCCCACGGAAAGGACUCUGUCUGAAGAGCAGUUUGACCAAGUGAAGUUUGGGCCCCCGUUGAGGAAAGUCACAGAGCCUUACCCUGAUAUGCACAGCUCAUAUGAAGACGACUGGGACCUCUCAGAAGAGGAAACGGAGUCCCCGAGCCUGCUAGAGUGCGUGGAGGCUGCGCUGCAGAUGAGGAGCUUAACCAUCAGGAGAGCACCAUCUACUGACGGAGGUAAAGGGGUAAGGAAGAGUGGGCUAUUCAGCCCCUCCACGGCCUCCCUACCUGCCAUCGGCUCCUUCUGUCCCACCUUGGAGGACAAGGACCUCACCCUGCGCCCCAGCUCCACCCUGGGGUCCGACUCCAUCCUCACACCCAACAACUCCACCUCAGUCCUGGCCAGGUGUUCUGCGACGCAGGAUGUCAGCAGACCUUGGCGCAGAGACCCCGGUGUCUCCGAGGAGGGCGCCGUAGAGGCAGAGAAGAAGAAGACAGUGGGGUCGACGCCACCUCGCAGGGAAACGUCUCUCUCCCCAGAGUGGAGCACACUGAGGAGGAACACGGAGGACUCCAGAGCUGACUGUCAUGGACUUCCUCCUACCCCUCAGGUCCAUAUGGGUGCCUGUUUCUCUAAAGUCUUCAAUGGUUGUCCUCUGAAGAUCCACUGUGCAGUGACCUGGAUUCUCCCUAAAACUCGAGAUCAGUAUCUUAUUCUUGGUGCGGAAGAGGGUGUCUACACACUCAACCUCAACGAGCUCCACGAGGACACCCUUGAGAAGCUGCUCCCACAGAGAUGUACCUGGCUGUACGUGAUGAACAAUGUCCUGAUGUCUGUCUCAGGGAAGUCUUCCCAACUGUACUCCCACAGUCUGACGGCUCUGUUUGAGCAGAGAGGCCACAAGCAGCAGAAGCAGGGUCACCUGUCCCUCAGUACCAAUCGCCUCACAGAAAGGAUCAGCCCGAGCAGGAAAUAUGCUGUAACUGUAAAGAUACCAGACACUAAAGGCUGUCGAAGAUGCAGCGUGGCAAGGAACCCAUACACAGACAGCACGUUCCUGUGCGGGGCUGUACCAUCUGGUCUAGUUCUGCUUCUCUGGUAUGACCCUCUGCAGAAGUUUAUGCAGCUCAAGAACAUAGACAUACGUCUACCAGAUUCGCUCCCUAUCUUUGAGCUCCUGGUGAUUGCGACAGACGAGUUCCCACAGCUGUGUGUCGGGGUGAGGGACUGUUCGCCAGGGGAAGGGAAACCACCAGCCAAUCAGCAGCUGAAGUUUGACAUCAUAGAAUUGAACGGAACACCAAAUUCUUCACCAGAGGGUUUGCCUGUUGGAGUGGGACCAAGGGCAGUGCAGGCCACACAGUUGGACAGGGACACGAUUCUCAUUGCACUGGAGAAGACUGUGAAGAUUGCCAACUUACAAGGGCUUCCCUCUAAGCAGCUGGCAUCUGAGUUGGUCUUUGACUUCCCCAUUGAAACACUAAUUUGUUUACAGGACAGUGUUCUGGCUUUCUGGAAGCACGGUCUUAAAGGGAGAAGCCUUCACACGAAUGAGGUCACGCAGGAGAUCACAGAUGAAAGCAGAGUAUUUCGGGUUUUGGGGACAAACAGGGAUAUUGUCCUCCAGAGUACCCCCACAGAGGACCCGUCAGCAAUGAGCAACCUCUACAUCCUGACCGGUCACGAGAGCAGCUACUGAGAGAGGAUGGGAAGAAUUGACUGAGCAAGGAAGGAUGGAAAGAAAAUAAUGGAAAGUAGUAGAAAUAAACUAAGGAGAAGAAGAGUGUGUCUUGAGAUGGGAAGUGCUGCUGGAGACGCUGCAGGUUGCCUGGCCCUGUGACACAUAAUGGACUCCCCAUGAGAAUCUGAGAGAAUAUCUGGAACUGAACAGACCUCCUCUAUCUGCAGAGGAUGAACAGACAACGUGAGACUCUGACGCACUAAGCCACCAAGGGAUAGCUGGGACCUUGUGUGUUUGAGAAUGAUCAUAGACUGCCCUCUGUCAUGGCCCCCAACACCUAAGAGUGUGCACAAUGUCCCUGUAACCCCAUCCAUUAGUCUUGUUUUACUAGUAUGUAAUUGGAAAUAUACUAACCAGUGACUAAAGUCUGCACUGCCUUCUGAUACAGUGUUAUAAAUUGGAAACCAAAUGCAUUGGUUAACAGAAUGUAUUGCUACACCUCUCCCUACCUAAUUCACCACCUGUAAAGACAUAACACAGGUGGUGCUGCUCGAUGUUUUCCCCUUCAAUGCUUGAAAAGAUGUGCCAUAGAAUCAGAGUUCUAAUACAGUCUAAAGAUGCUUUGAAGUACUUUACUGAGAUAAAUUUAAGGCCGCUUACAUUGACCCAGGUAAACUGUCCUGAGAUUUAAGAAGGAAGCUUACAAUGUUUGUUUUCACCAACAAGUGUUCAGAGACCGGUAGUGACACUAUAUUGUAUUUACUGAUAACGGUUUGGUUUGGUUGUGCAUACUAGGCCCGAUGUAACACACAUCCAUGAAAGACACUUGAAGGAGCACACAUUUGCUAUUUGAAUGUACUUUUAGGAAAAAUAUAUGAUGUGCGGAAAUUGAUUUAUUAAGAGAUUUUAUGUAUAAUGUGUCAAAAUAUAAGACAAAUAAAACAAUAAACCCUUUUUGGGGGAGUAAGUGAUAGUAUA